UCUACCCUUCGACCUGUCCGACUUGGGUGACCCUGCUAGGAGCUGAUGCUCCUGUCGGCAUAGCUCUUAGGGUCAUCGAGACACGCAAGCCCCCCGACCGCGGCAAGGUGGUGAUCCAACAGGGGGACAAUCCUUCAUAAUGACAGGCAUAUCCUGUCAAGAGAAUUUUUCCAACUGCCAUCAAAUAAGACAGUAGAUAACAUAUCUCAUGAAGAAUUUGUGCACCACUUUGAGAAGGUUGGAAACAUUUCUGAUGAAGAUAUCCUAACUGAUACAUCUCCUUGGAUGUAAAUGGGGAUGCAAUUAUUAAUGAUGUAUUGAACAAGGAUAUAUUGGUAGGCUAACAAAUAAUAAAACCUUUUAGCUGAUAUAGUUCUAAAUGAAUUUUUUAAAGCCUCUUCACCAAAAUUAAUAAGUAUGUUAACCUCAUUGAUCAACCUUGUUUUACAGUGUGGUAAAAUCCCAGAAGCCUAGCCUGGUCAGUUGGAAUGAUUUGUCUGCUGUAUGCUUUGAAUCUUGAUAACUAUAUACAGAGAUAUAACAUCUUGAGCUGCAUUGGCAAGCUAUUUACUAGUAGUCUGGUGGUAAAGUGUUACAUGCAAUAAAAAAUAUUUACUAUGAAGCAAAGUCCUGUGUUAAAACACAGCAUAGAUUAUCUUCCUCCUUCACAUGUAAUGCUGGAGUGUGGGAGGGUGAAAACUUGUCGUCUGUACUUUUGUUUUUCGCUGUUUUUAAAUGACUGAAAAGAAUUUUUUUCUCAGUAUCUUCAUGGAUUGAUAUAGCAAAUGAAUAUAAUUUUUGCAAUGUUGUCAUUAUUUGUACUUAUUUCUGCUUUUGUAUGCUGAUGAUACUAUUAUACUUGCUGAAACUGCCAUUGAUACACAGAAUUCACUAGAUGCUUUAAAGGUUUAUGGCAACAACAAAAAAAUAUGGUCCUCAAUAAAAUACUGAAAAAACACAAACUAUGAUGUUCUCACAUGGAAAGGUUAUAAAAGUUCUACAUUUUUCUUUCAGUGGAAAACAAAACGAUCAAAGUGGUAUGGGAGUAUAAGUACCUGGGAACAGUUUUUAAUUAUAAUAAUAAAUUUAUUAAGACUAUAAAAUUGCAGUGGGUACUUGGAAACAAAGCUAUGCUUUCUGAUUAAGAAAUGUAGAAAAUUUGACUUGCCCCAAGACACUCAAAUUAACUUCUUUGAUAGUUGAAUAAAAUCUAUUUUGUUGUAUGGAAGUGAAAUCUGGGCUUUUGAAUCUCUUGAUAUUUGUUAUAGGCUGCAACUGGGAUUUCUGAAAAUGAUGUUAAAUGCUAAAAAAUUACCUGUUCUUCUGUUUCACUUGUGCAACUUUCUAUUUGAUAGCUCAGCAUGUAAACUAUCCUGGUUUAGCUAUGUACAUUUGUUAGAUUCUUUAGGUCUUUCCUUUAUCUGGAAAUUUGGCUUUAGGUUUUCUUUCUGUCAUUUUAAAAAUAUUGUAAUGCAAUGCUUAAGGAAUAGAUUUAUUCAAAAAUGGAAACAAGACAUACAAAUAAAAUCAGUUUGUUUACAGUAUACAGUUUAUAUAAUACAGUAUAUUUAAAGAAUAUUUUAGUUUAAAGAAUUACUUAAUAAAUUUGUCCCCUUCUUUUAGAUCAAAUUUAAUAAAAUUUAGGUUAAGCUGCCAUAAAUUCCCUAUUUAGCAAUUAAGAUAUAGUGAUAUACCUAGAUAUUUAAGAACAUGUCCGUUGUGUAGCCUAGAUGAAGUAAGUCAUGAAUUUCAUUUUGUUUCUCUGUGCUUGCUUCUGUUAACUGUUUCAUGGAAAGCCCAGCUUCCUGUAUAUUUUGAGCAUCAUCCAAAUGAAUUUAAAUUUCACCAGCUGAUGAAUAUUAAAUCCAAAGUUAUAUUUAUUAAUAUAAGCAAAUUCAUUUGAAUUUAGUUAUCACUGUAUAAGUAAUUUCUUCAUAUAAGUUUUAGUAUUGUAUAUUCAUCUAUAUAUUUUGACAUAGUGUCACAAUCUGUUGCACGUAUGAGAUUGUUAUUGCAUGAUUCUUAUAUGAUGUUAUGGCUUAAAAUUCCCCUUGGGAUUAUAGCCAAUAUAUAAAAAGAUAUGUUAACAACCAUAACCUCUUUGUGUGAAAAACAUCUGUCCAAUUAGAUCGACCGAGUUACUUGCAAAACCGAUUCUAAAAUAUAUUUGAAAUGUUUCUUUUUUCUAAAUUUAAGAAGUUUCACGUUUGAAAAAUGUUUUCAAGCUCUAUUUCCAAAAAGUAUAUGAAAGCGUGCUCGUGUGAUUGUGUGCGAAUUGCCAGUACUCGAUGGUCCAAACAAAGGCGCGGCGCACGACGGUUAUUCGCGUAAAGGGGGGCGUGGCGCCAUGCGCCGUAACCGCGGCCUGACUUCAAGUUGUCAGACAGCAGUGGUCGUUCUUGGUAUUCUCGGGUGGAAUGACGACUGAGUGUAUCGUGCGAGUUGCCUUACAGGCUCUUUACACAGCUACUUUACUUUAGCAAACAAAACGAGUUAAUUAGAUUUAAAUAUCAUGAAUGGGAGACAAUACUUGCAGAGUUGCUGUAAGAAAGGAUAAGUAAGAUUUGUUCGAAUCAGUUGCAUUUGUUUUUUUAACAGGUCAGGAUGUCAAGGCCAUUGACAUGACCUGCUUAUUUGCAUAUUUGGUGCCGACUGUGAGAGUAGACAAGUCUACUUACACAAAACUACUGUAGCCGUUCGCCAUCUUGCAACUACUGCACUCUCCAGCCAAGAUUUGCAGCUAUUCUCCUUACCUUUGCUGCGUUUGCGACAAUAACUGAACAAACAGCACGAUAUUUCCACAAAAUCGCACGAUAUUCUGGAGGUAGCUGCCGGCUGCCCUUUUGUUUGUUUGUGACCAAGUGGUCAAGCGACCAAGUGCCGAGCUGCAGUUUUCUCGCCUUCACAAUUGUCGUGAGUUUGUCGCCAAGCACAUGUGGAAUCGCCACUUUCAGUGCAUGAUAUUUCCAUUCACAUCGCAUCACAUCGCUUGUUAUCAAUUGUGAGUAAUAUCUGUAAGAGUAUUGCAAACCAGUAAGUGAAAGAUAAUCACGGACUCUGCCCAGUGGAGUUCAUUACAUUCAUUGUUCAGUGCUUUGAAACGUAGAAUUGGUGCAAGUGUGUAACGCGACCUACACGUGGAAUUCGAAACACAUGUGCGACUUGGAGGGCAAUCUCCAGUCAUCAAAUCUAAAGUAUGAGCCAUCGGCGCCGCAGACGACACGAACUGACACUUGCAGAUAAAGUGGAGGUAAUUCGUUUGUUGGAGUCUUGUACUUCGCAAACUGAAGUCGCUCGACUGUUCGACUGCUCGCAGUCGCAAGUUUCGCGUAUUGCGAGCAAGAGGGAAGAGAUUCUGAGUGAGUGGGAAACAAGUGGAAACUCGGAGCAAAAGCGGCGUCGCACAGCAAAGGACGAAGUGGCUGAUACGCCUCGAGAGUGGGUGAACGAACCGAGGCAAGACACCACCGCUUCAGAUCAGACUCUUGAGGUCAGGACUGGCGACCCUGUCCAACAGCCGCAGAAGCCCAGCUUCUCCCCAUCACCAUCCUGGUUUAAUCGUUGGAAGGGCAGAAACAUGGAUGCUAGCCAGAUGGGAAUCAGUCUCAACUGGUCAAGACAUCUUGGUGGUGGUGGUGGAAGCAGGCGUGGGAGGGGACGGCCUAAAGCCUCAGCCAAUAAAGAAAGUCGUAUCUCCAAUCAAUUGCUGGACGUCCUCAAGAACUAUGCCUUGUGCGAUGUUUAUGCAGCAGACGAGCUUCCACUUUUCUACUCUGCCGUGCCAAACCUCAACCACAGUACAGUUGAUACCUCUGCUGAAGAGCAGCAGAUUGGUGACUGUGCCAUAGGGCAGGACAUAUGUGCAAAGCUAAGUGGAAAGAAAGAGUGCAUCACACUUUUUCUGGCUUGUAAUGUAACUGGCUCUGACAAGCGUGACAUGCUUGUGAUUCUUGAUUCCAACUUCAGGGCAUCAAACAUGGGUUUUACUUUUCCAGGAUGUCAUACAGCAUCAUCUCCUGGAGCAUUAAUGACAGUGGACAUUUUUAGAACAUGGCUGAUAGCCUUGGACCAGGCAAUGCGCCAACAGAGGCGUUACAUUUUGCUACUAGUUAAUAACACACCGCCACAUGAAGCUGAGGUUGGGAAAACUCUGGAACAUGUUCGCUUGCUCUUUAUGCGUCCUUAUGCUACUCCUUUCUUUCAUGGGCUGAGCCAUGCCAUCAGGACACAUUAUCGCCACCAGCUGCUGCUAAAGCUCUUUUCUAAUCAGCCAACAUUUUUCAGUGCAUCUUCCUCUUCAGAUGAUAAAAACAGUAAUGGGACUUCGUGGACCAUUGAUAUACAUGAAGCAGUGGCAAUGCUUCAACGUGCAUGGAGAAACUUGGGACCACAUGACAUUGUGCCCUGCUUCAGUAAGUCAGGAACUUGUGCCCCGCACAUUCAUGGACUGCCAGAACCAGAAGUUGAAGAGCUGCCUGACCUGCCAGAAACUGUUAUUACUAGAGAACUGUUUGAGGAUUUUGUCAAUAUAGAUGCAGAUGUUGAAUGUUAUGGUGAUUCCAGUCUUGUCAGUGUGGAGUGCCACAUUAGUACAGAGACAGAAAGGCUGAGCUUUGAAGCUAAACUUAUCAGGGAUGAUGCUGCUGCUCACAAUGACUCCUUUUCUGGUAGAGCUGCACCUUCAUUUGUUGCCUGCCAUAAUGGCUUAGAUCCUGGUGCUGGUAGUGGUGGUUAUGGAGGUUCAACAGAAUUUGCAAUGCCAUCAUCUGGUGGGGAAUCAGUUGCUGAUGUCUUAGGGUCUUUGGGAAUCAUUAGAAGAUUUCUUAAUCAACGAGGGCUUCAUUUGCAUAACCUUCAUGCAUUAGAGGCACAAAUUCAUGAUUGCAUAUAAAGUUGAAUAAUCCAGUGGACAUACUGCUUUGUGUAAUUAUCCAUUUCUAACAGUUAUUUAAAGAUGUUACUAUUUUCUUUGUUGCAUUGCAGGUUUCAUACUCACCAUGUUAGCAUGAACAAUGUUGUGACUUUUCUGAGUCUUAGAAUUUUAAAAGUAAUCACUAUGACCUUAAUGUGUAAAAGUAACCACUAACUGCUUUAUGGCGGCAUGAUUGGGUAUCUUUGUCACAAGUUUUUUUCCCCAGUCUUUCCCACGAUAACAUAACCAGCUAGAUUUAAUUAUACUUUUGAGCUUUGGGAAUUUUAGUUUAGUGUAAAGAAAAAAGUUAAUAAUAAAUGGAAGAGAUUUUGAUAUUAAUUAGUACUAGUAGUACUUUUAUGCUGGUCAGCACACUUCACUGUUAGUAUUAUAUUAAGAGGAUAUUCUGAUGAAUGUUGGAAAAGAUAAAUUAAGUCUGAAACUAUAGUUCAUAGCCAUCGUCAUCUAAUUUAUGUCUUUAAGUAGUAUCUAUCCAAUAAUGUUUUCUUCUUUAAUUGAUGGUUUUGUUAUCAAAAAACCAAACAAAACUAAACUGAGGAAGAAAUAAGAGCUGAACAGUCAUUUCGGAUUUUUCUCAAGCAUUUCCCAUUCUGUAUCUGAAGUACUCAAAACUUUUCUUAAAGCUACAAAUUGGAGCAAAAGGUCCAAGGCAAUGUCAUUCUAAACAUCUCUGUUUCUUUUGUCUGCAUUGUUUGUUUGUGAAAGCAACUUUUAGAAGUAAGAAAGUAAUGAUUUUUAUGUAUAGCACACGUUAAACCUACCUCAAUAGGUUAUGAACUGUUGUUGUUUAAAAGCAAAGUUAAUUUUAACCCAAGUUGUACUAAUAGUUAUCAACUGAUGUGCAGUUUCUGGUGAGUAUUUGCAAGUCCUGUGUUGGGAGACAAGGUUAUAGUAAUUUUAAGACAGAAUGGAUGUAUUUUUACAUAGCAGCAUUAAUGCAACCUGUGCAUGGUGUACAGCAACUUUGCUUGAAUGCAUCCCCACAAUACUAUGCCCUGGGCAGCCUGUUGGUGCAAUGGUUGACACCUGUCACCAAUACGUUGAAAUUUCUUUGCUGUCCUGGGUUGAGG